AACCCAUGGCGCAGCCCCCGCCUCCACUACCGCGCCAUCCGCCCGUGCGACAAAUCCGUCUUUCUCGCCCUCGCCGCAGACCCAACCAUGUACAUGGCAAGUACACACGCAACCACCAAGCUCCCCACCGAGCAAGACGCAGACGAAAACAUGCACCAAGGCCCCGCUGGCGGCAGCGAGGGCCGCGAAGAAAAGUAUGGGGUUGCGAUUGGUCAUAUUCAUUCUGCGCCAUCAUCGCUGCAUGAGGCGCAUCAUCGGACUAUGGAGAUUGCGCUGGAUAUUUUACCUGCGUACCAAGGGAAGGGGUAUGGGAGUGAGGCAAUUAACUGGGCGUUGGACUUUGGGUUUCGGCGGGCGGGGCUGCAUAGUAUGCGGUUGAGGGCGUUUGGGUGGAACAAGGGCGCGAUACGGUUGUAUGAGAGGCUGGGGUUUGUGGUGGAAGGGAGAGAGAGGGAGGCUGUGUGGUAUGAGGGGGAGUGGUGGGAUUCGUUUACGUUGGGGAUGCUGGAUAGGGAGUGGAGGGCGAGAGAGGCGGGGGAG